UACAGUCUUGCCUCCAGCAAAUCCAUUCUCCAAUCCUGAUGCCAGAGUGAUCUGAAAUGCAAAUAAGAUCUUGCCACACUCCCCUGCUUAAAACCUACCACCUGUAGUGGUUCUGUAACCACAGCGUAGCCGUGGGCUGAAAGCACAAAGCCAAGCUAUUUGAUCAUUGGAGAAGCAUCCUUUCCCUUCCUGCUUGGUUCCACCUGCACCCUUUGACUCCGGGUGGAAACUGCUGUCUGAUCAGCCACCUUGCCCACACACUCUGGACGUCUGUACUGUCUCUGAUCCCCUCUCUCCUCACCAGCGGGCUGGACCCCACAACCACCCCUCUGAAUCUACCUACUUUGCUUCCCUUUAGCCUUUGCUCUUUCUGCUGGGUUGUUUGUGUUGUUUUCUGUUCCAAAUAGUUUUCCAAAACAAGAUUUCUUUUUUUUUUUUUUUUUUUUUCAGUGAUUUCUCUCUCUUCCUUUAGUCCUCCCAGUCAAACUCUAUGAUGGGGCUUUUCUCCUCAGAAAGGCACAAUCCACAACCCACUGUCUACAACAACUACAUUUGGCUUUGGGAAGUCUCAUUGCCUUCCCUAAAAAUUCCUCUGAACCCAGCCUGAGUCUCUGGGGCUGGGCACUGUCAUGCUCUGCAGCAGGGCUUGUGGGUCCAGCAGAGUGGCCUCAGACACCCUCCCCCCUCAGCUGCCUGUGUCCCACAGGCCCUGCCUUUCCUCACUUCCCAGUCUCCUCUGCUUCUGGCAGCUUUGGGACCCCCGCCCCUGGCUUCUCCUCCAUGCUGUAUGGAAUGAAGAUUGCAAAUCUGGCCUACGUCAACAAGACCCGGGUCAGGUUCUUCAGACUCGACCGCUGGGCUGAUGUGCAGUUCCCAGAAAAGAGGAGAAUGAAGCUGGGGUCAGAUAUCAGCAAACACCACAAGUCACUGCUAGCCAAGAUCUUUUAUGACAGGGCUGAGUAUCUUCACGGGAAACAUGGGGUGGACGUGGAAGUCCAGGGGCCCCAUGAAGCCCGAGAUGGGCAGCUCCUUAUCCGCCUGGAUUUGAACCGCAAGGAGAUGCUGACCCUGAGGCUUCGGAAUGGAGGAACUCAGCCUGUCACCCUCACUCACCUCUUCCCACUGUGCCGGACACCCCAGUUUGCCUUCUAUAACAGAGACCAGGAGCUGCCCUGCCCACUGGGCCCUGGUGAAUGCUAUGAACUCCACGUCCAUUGUAAGACCAGCUUUGUGGGCUACUUCCCAGCCACAGUGCUCUGGGAACUGCUGGGACCUGGGGAGUCAGGUUCAGAAGGAGCUGGCACUUUCUACAUUGCCCGCUUCCUCGCUGCCGUCGCCCACAGCCCCCUGGCUGCACAGCUGAAGCCCACGACUCCCUUCAAGAGGACCCGGAUCAUUGGAAACCCUGUGGCAACCAACCGGAUAGAAGAAGGAGAGAGACCUGACCGUGCUAAAGGCUAUGACCUAGAAUUAAGUAUGGCUCUGGGGACAUACUACCCACCUCCCCGCCUCAGGCAACUGCUCCCCAUGCUUCUUCAGGGAACAAGUAUCUUCACUGCCCCAAAGGAGGUCGCUGAGAUCAAGGCCCAGCUGGAGACAGCCCUGAAGUGGAGGAACUACGAGGUGAAGCUUCGGCUGCUGCUGCACCUGGAGGAACUGCAGAUGGAGCAUGACAUCCGGCACUAUGACCUGGAGUCUGUGCCCAUGACCUGGGACCCCGUAGACCAGAACCCCAGGCUGCUCACACUGGAGGUUCCUGGGGUGACUGAGAGCCGCCCCUCAGUGCUACGGGGCGACCACCUAUUUGCCCUUCUGUCCUCCGAGACACACCAGGAGGAUUCCGUCACCUACAAGGGCUUUGUGCACAAGGUGGAAUUGGACCGUGUCAAGCUGAGCUUUUCCACGAGCCUCCUGAGCCGCUUUGUGGAUGGGCUGACCUUCAAGGUGAACUUUACCUUCAACCGCCAGCCCCUGCGGGUCCAGCACCGUGCCCUGGAGCUGACAGGGCGCUGGCUACUAUGGCCCAUGCUCUUUCCUGUGGCUCUCCGUGGGAUUCCGCUGCUGCCUUCAGAUGUGAAGCUCAAGCUGUAUGACCGGAGUCUGGAGUCAAAUCCAGAGCAGCUGCAGGCCAUGAAGCACAUUGUCAUGGGCACCACCCGUCCAGCCCCCUACAUCAUCUUUGGACCUCCAGGCACUGGCAAGACCGUCACGUUAGUGGAGGCCAUUAAGCAGGUGGUGAAGCACUUGCCCAAAGCCCACAUCCUGGCCUGUGCUCCGUCUAACUCAGGGGCUGACCUCCUCUGUCAGCGGCUCCGGGUCCACCUGCCCAGCUCCAUCUACCGCCUCCUGGCCCCCAGCAGGGACAUCCGCAUGGUCCCCGAAGACAUCAAGCCCUAUUGUAACUGGGAUGCAAAGAAGGGGGAGUAUAUAUUUCCGGCCAAGAAGAAGCUGCAGGAAUAUCGAGUCUUAGUUACCACCCUCAUCACUGCUAGCAGGUUGGUCUCAGCCCAGUUUCCCAUUGACCACUUCACAUACAUCUUCAUCGAUGAAGCUGGCCACUGCAUGGAGCCUGAGAGUCUGGUGGCCAUAGCAGGGCUCAUGGAAGUAAAGGAAACAGGCAAUCCAGGAGGGCAGCUGGUGCUGGCAGGAGACCCUCGGCAGCUGGGGCCUGUGCUGCGUUCCCCACUGGCCCAGAAGCACGGGCUGGGGUACUCACUGCUGGAGCGGCUGCUCACCUACAAUGCCCUGUACAAGAAGGGCACCGAUGGUUAUGACCCCCAGUUUAUAACCAAGCUGCUACGCAACUACAGGUCUCAUCCCACCAUCCUGAACAUUCCUAACCGCCUGUAUUAUGAAGGGGAGCUGCAGGCCUGUGCUGAUGUCGUUGAUCGAGAGCGCUUCUGCCGCUGGGAGGGUCUGCCUCGACAGGGCUUUCCCAUCAUCUUUCAUGGCGUAAUGGGCAAGGAUGAGCGUGAGGGCAACAGCCCAUCCUUCUUCAACCCUGAAGAGGCGGCCACGGUGACUUCCUAUCUGAAGCUGCUCCUGGCCCCAUCCUCCAAGAAGGGGAAAGCCCGCCUGAGCCCCCGAAGUGUGGGCAUCAUCUCCCCAUACCGGAAGCAGGUGGAAAAAAUCCGUUAUUGCAUCACCAAACUUGACAGGGAGCUUCGGGGCCUGGAUGACAUCAAGGACUUAAAGGUGGGCUCUGUGGAAGAAUUCCAAGGCCAAGAACGAAGUGUCAUCCUUAUCUCCACCGUGCGAAGCAGCCAGAGCUUUGUGCAGCUGGACCUGGACUUUAAUCUGGGUUUCCUUAAGAACCCCAAGAGGUUCAACGUAGCUGUGACCCGGGCCAAAGCCUUGCUCAUUGUAGUGGGCAACCCACUUCUCCUGGGCCAUGACCCAGACUGGAAAGUAUUCUUGGAGUUCUGUAGAGAAAAUGGGGGGUAUACCGGGUGCCCCUUCCCUGCCAAACUGGACCUGCAGCAGGGACAGAAUUUGCUGCAAGGACUGAGCAAGCUCAGCCCCCCUACCUCAGGGCCCCACAGUCGUGAAUGCCUCCCCCAGGAGCGGGAAGGUGAAGGGGGCCUGUCUCUGCAAGUGGAGCCAGAAUGGAGGAAUGAGCUCUGAAUCCACAGCAACCCGCCUUCUCACACCAGCCAAGCCUUAACUGCUCUCCUGACCCUGAACCACAGCCCUGUCAGAACCCAAACCCAGCCAAGCUGCCCUCCAAGGGACAGGAAUGCUGGGGGUGGGAGCCUACAAUAGUAGGCAUUCCACCCCCUCCCCUACUGAGAAGAAUGACACAUCAAGCUGCUAACUAUGGGGGAAGAGGGAGGAAGAAAAACUCUGAAAACAAAAUGCUUUUCUAUGCAAAA